AUGGCGCUGAGACGUCGGGUGCCUCCUGUGGGCAACGCCGGGGGCUGCUGCGCAGAGCAGGAUAACUUCUACCUGCGGAACCUGCCGGCCCAGCCCACCCUGCUGUCAGCUAACCACAACUUCCCCACCAUUGCCCGAGCAGCCCCCGGCCACCCCAUCGGGUCCUGCAGCCGUGACCGCGAGGCCAGCCACGGGCAGAAGAGCCACAAGGAAUACGACCGCUACCUCCUGGCCAAGGAGAAGGCGGGCAAGGGGGAGGCCAAGGAGAGGCUGGGGGAGGAGGACGUGAAGGAGAGGCACAAGCUGGUGCUGCCCAUGAUGCCCGAGGGGCACUGUAAGGAGGGGGUCCACCAGAGGAGCUCGUGCGAGAACCGGGCCAAGCACCUCAACUCCUGCCUGCUGAACUCCAAAAUGCUCAAUGGCGACGCCCACAAGGCCGUGCUGCCCAGCUGCACGGGCGGCGCCCUGCCCCGCCACGCCGGCAUGGCCCAGAGCCGCUGCCCCAAGGACAUGCUGAGGUCGGAGCGGGAGCUGGCUCCCCACGAGUCACCCCAGCCCUACAGCGAGUGCCUGGAGCGGCGCCAGAUGCUGCACCACUCGGUCUCCUACACCGUCCCGUCCAGCCUGCCCGCCAUCCCGCCCCCGCUCAGCACCUCGGCCGCCACCUUCCCCUGCCUGCAGCUCCACUCCAGCCCCGACGGGCUGUGCCCCUUGCAGGACAAAGCCGGGCGGGAGCUGAAGCUCAGCGGGGCCACGUUCGUGCCGUCGGUGGGACACUUGACCGACAAGAGCAGGUCUUUCCAGGUGGCGGCCGAGGCCUGCAGCCUGGAGCGUGGCGAGGCCAAGGAAAGGCACGAGAUGGGCUCGGAGCACACGGGCGCCUACGGGAACUCCUUCCACCAUCUCAAGGCGGAGGGCAAGGCGGAGCGGAGGCUGGAGUGGGCGCAGAGCUCCAACGCCCGGCUGAAAGGCCUGGAGUACCUGAACAGCGCCGGCUCCGAGGCCCCCUUCCCCAGCCUGCCCCAGGCGCCCAAGGGCGGCCUGGAGAAAGGCAGCUACUUCGAGAUGGCGCCGUCUCAGGACUGCUCCCGCGCCAGCCACCAGGACGCCCUGUGCGUCAAACUCAGCCAGUCCUGCUGCACUUUAGACAAGAGCUCCAAGGAGUGCCAGGGCCAGAGCGUGCAGAAGGUGGCGCGGAUACGGCACCAGCAGCACGUCCCCCCGGAGCUGGAGCUGGCGGGGAGCGGCUCCGAGGCCAGGCGGAAGGCGAUGGGCUACAAUGGAGCCCCUCUGCCCCCCUGGGGCGUGCAGGGGCAAGGCGCGCCCAUGUCCAUGGGCGAGGAGAGGAAGAGCUCCUAUCUCGACCCCUUCAGCACCAGUUUGCAGCAGGCUGCGCUGAUGACUCAGGGCUCGGUGCUGAGCCAGGACAUGCAGAACCCCCCCGACGAGGUGUCGGCCAUGAAGAACCUGCUGAAAUACAGCAACCAAGCACUUACCGUGGGCCAGAAGGCCCCCUUCGUGGGGCUGGGCACCGUCAAGGGCAGCUGCGCUCAGCAGGACGGGAAAUUCCAAGCAGGGAAGGGGCAGCAGGAGCUGGAGCGGCCGGACUGCGCCCGUAGUAGAGACCAUGAGCUGGCCCACGGGGAGGGCGAGGUGCGGCAGCCGCCCGUGGGCAUCGCUGUGGCGGUGGCGCGACAGAAGGACACACUGAGCCGGCCGGAGCCCUCGUACGGCACCAACUCCAGCCGGCAGAACAGGGUGACCAUGGGCCUGAAAGCCGGCUCAGCACGACCCAUGCACGUCAUCGACCUGGAGGCGGAGGAGGAGCGGAGCCGCCUGUGCGAGGAGCGGCUGGGGAUCACGGGCCGAGAACUUCUUCUCCAGGAGAACAAGGACCUCGUGGACUUUGCCAGGAUCCACCCAUCCAGCGGCUGCCCGGGCGACCUCACCCCCCACCUCAUGAUCGCAGGCGGCUCCUCCCUCCAGGCCGGCCAGUUGGGAGGGGACCCCGCAGCCCACGCGCACCCGGCCCACACGCACUGGCUGCCCCGGACGCGCAGCCCCUCCAUCUGGAUGGGGGGGCACUCGUACGGCAUCAGCCACCCGGCCUUGCAUCAGAACCUGCCGCCCGGCUUCCCAGCGUCCAUGCCCAGCACCAUGCAGUCCGUGUUCCCCCUUCCCCAGGAUCCCCCAGCGCAGCUCGUCAUCCUGCCCACGGAGCCGUCAGCCCACGGCGCCCCGCACACGCUGGCUGAUGUUAUGGACCAGGCCUCGCUUUGGCCGCCCAUGUACCCGGGCCGGGGCCCCAGCUCCCACCUGCAGCACGCGGGCCAGCUCCCUGUCUACUCACGCUCGCAAUUCCUCCGGCAGCAGGAGCUCUACGCCCUGCAGCAGCAGCAGCGGGCGGCCCAGGCGCUGGAGCUGCAGAGACAGUCGCAGAUCCAGCGGAAGGUGGAGGAGCAGCCUGCCGAGCUGGAGGAGCCAGGCCCCGAGAAGCCCCUCAAGCCGUCCCAUAAACCAGUUGCCUUAACGCCCCCCACCAAGGGCCUCUCCUCGCCGGCCCCCUGCCCUGCCAAGCUCUCACCCUGCUGCCACUCGCCCGCCCUGCGGCACCCAUCGAAAUGCCCCUCGGCGCAUCCUGCCGCCCCCUGCACUUUACCCGUCUGCCCGGCGCCCAGCUCGGCCGUUGCCCCGCGCUCCCCGCCCGCCAGCCCCAGCCCCUCGCCCAGCUCCAAGAGCAACGAAGCGGAAGACAAGCGGGUGGAGGGGCAGCCGCCCCGGGGCUACCCCAAGUCGCUGGAGCCAGACCUGCCGCCUGGAUACAGCUACCCCGCCGUCAGCAUGGGCUACUCCUCGCCGCUGGCCGUGCACGCCGCCGAGCCGGCCGACCCCGACACUAUGCAAAGCGUCUCCCCGGCGGCCGAGCCCGAGCAGUCCCGGACGUUCCCUCCCACGGAGGAGCCGUGCCGGGCCAGCGCCGCGGCCGUGCUGGAGGAGGCCGGGCGGGCAGUGCAGGGUGCCAUGGCCGAGCCCAAGGCCCAGGCUGCCAUGGGCCAGCAUCUCCACUACCUCCUCCUCCCCCCGGGGCAGGCCUCCGGGGAGCUGGUGGGGGCAGCGACGGGGCGGGGCCCGGCGGAGGAGCUGGGACAGACGCCCUACGGCCCAAUGCUGGGGGGGCCCGGCUUGGCCUCGGCUCAGGGACCUCCAGAGGAGAGCGGGGGCCUGGAGGAGCAGCCGGGGGCAGCGCAGCUCACAGGGGCACCGGCAGGCUCCCCCCCGAAGGCCUCAGAGGGUGCAGCCGGAGAGGGGCAGGCGGCGGGGCGGGAGGCCGGCUGCGAAGAGGAGCAGGAAAGCGACUCCCUGAGCCUCCUACGGGCGGGCAGCGGCCUCCAGGGCCCCCUGAGCGGGCUGGACGCACUGAUCAUCGCGGGCAUCGACCUGGGAGACCUCCCUGCCCUGAGCCCGCCCAGCGCGGCCCCCCCAGCGGCUUCCCCCUUGCCCUGCCCGUGCAGCUCAGGGAUCACCCUGCUCAGCGAACUGGCCGACCUGGAGCUCCAGCGGCAGAGGUGCGAUGCGGCGGUGGGAGGUAAGGAGCUGCCACCCUCCCCCCGGGCCUCACACCGGACCCUUCCCUGGGCUGGGAACCCCCCCCAUUGCAGCCUCUCUGCUCUCUGA